UUUGUGAAAAUUGAAGAAAUAAAGCCCCACACGCACUCAAUUAUUAUAUAUGUAUAUAACAACCUAUCUCCUAUAAUGAUUCUUUCCCGUUACAACAUACAACCGAAAAUCCCAAACCAGCAUAUUCCAAGAUGAGCGGAGAAGACACGGGGUCGGUGGAGGAGCAGCAGAAGGGCAUGAAAGCACCACUGCUGCCAGUCCAAGAUUCAGCAUCACACAACAGCAACCAGCAAGUGAUGACCCUGAAAUCAUUUCUAACACUGAAGAACUUGUACAUAAUCCUAGGACCCUUGCUAUCCCUGCUGAUAUGCUUGCUGGUAAAGCUGAAGGAUGCUCCGGCAAGUAGUGUGAAGAUGCUGGCGGUGAUUGCAUGGGUAUUCGCGUGGUGGGUGACGGAGGCGGUGCCGCUGCCGGUGACUUCGUUGUGCCCGCUGUUCCUGUUCCCUCUCUUUGGAAUCGGUUCUGCGGAUAGUGUUGCUCACUCUUACAUGGACGAUGUAAUCACCCUUGUUUUGGGUAGUUUCAUUCUUGCUCUCGCUGUUGAACGAUACAACGUUCAUAGAAGAUUGGCUUUGAAUGUAACGCUGUUGUUUUGUGGCGACCCGCUAAACCCAGCAAUGCUACUCAUGGGUCUGUGCGCCACCACAUUCUUUGUAAGCAUGUGGCUCCACAACGUGGCGGCGGCGGUCAUGAUGAUGCCGGUGGCCACGGGUAUCCUGCAGCGGCUACCACCGCCUGGUGUACGCUACACCCAUCGGAGGGAUAAGCACGCUAACGGGCACGGGAGUCAACCUUAUUCUGAUUGGGAUGUGGAAGAGCCUUGUGCCUGGUGCCAAGCCCAUUAGCUUCAGCACCUGGUUCUUCUAUGGCUUCCCUGUCGCCGCUCUCUUGCUCAUUGCCUUCUGGUGCAUCAUGUGCUCCCUCUAUGUUCAAAAGGGCUCGGCCCGGGCCUUGUCUGCUUACUUGGAAAAAGCCCACUUGAGGAGGGACCUUGAAGCUCUAGGUCCAAUGUCUUUUGCUGAGAAGAUGGUCUUGUCUGUUUUUGGGCUGCUGAUCUUACUAUGGAUGACUAGAAAUAUCACGGAUGAUAUUCCUGGAUGGGGAUCUUUAUUCAAUAACCUUGUUGGUGACGGAAGUGUUAGUGUUUUGGUAGCUGUGUUAUUGUUCAUAAUCCCAAACAUGAAGCAAGAAGGGGAGAAGCUAAUGAGCUGGAAUGAAUGCAAGAAGUUACCAUGGAACCUAAUAUUACUGCUAGGAGCUGGUUUUGCCUUAGCAGAUGGAGUGCAAUCUAGUGGGCUAGCAGAUGUGUUUUCAAGAGCCAUAGAUUUCUUGGAAGAUGCACCAUUCUGGGCAAUUGCACCUGCCGUCAGUCUAAUUAGUAGCAUAAUCACCGAGUUCAUAACUUCCAAUGAUGCCACUGCCACACUUAUUGUGCCACUAUUGUACCACAUUGCUAGGACUAUGCAUGUGCACCCUCUUCUUCUUAUGGUUCCGGGAGCAAUUGCAACCGAAUUUGCCUUCUGGCUUCCAACUUCCACACCUUCAAAUGUUGUUGGAUUUGCCACUGGUCACAUUGAAAUUAAGGACAUGCUUAAGCUCGGUGUCCCUCUUAAGGUUGCCGGGAUUGUCGUCCUGUCCAUUCUCAUGCCCACACUAGGGAGUGUUGUUUUUGGAACAAAUGAUGGAACUCAAUGGGUGACACAGGUAAAAGCUCCUAUACGGACUUGAUUGAUUCCUUCACCAAAUUCCAACUUGGUUUGUAAAGUUUUUGGUGUGUCUAUCAUAUAUAUAUAUAGGUAAGUAUUGGAAAAAAAAAAAAAGAAA